AUGAACUUUUUCGGCUUCAGACAGCCUUCUCGCGGCGGCUGGCAACGGGUUGGUCUGGCGUCGGCCUUCCCCGACAUAAGCGCCGAUGAAUCUCUCAUCACACCGAGCUGCAAAGCCUUCACAAUCCCCAAGACCAACGGGCCGGAAGCCCCGGUCGAAGCAGACAUUGACCAACCGGGGGAGUUGAAAGACCAGGUCCUCGUGUUCAAAUACAAGGGGAAGAUCCACGCCAUUGACCAUCAAUGUCCUCACUCGGCCUUCCCCCUGUCCCGGGGCAGUCUCUUCGACAUUGAAGACUUUGGCAUCACGCUCAGCGCCGGCGUCACGUGUCCCAAGCACGACUGGUCCUUUGACAUCCACUCGGGCCAGGGCGACCGAGGCAACUACAAGCUCAAGGUCUGGGAGGUGCAGCUGCGGGACACGACGACGGAUUCCGAGCCCGACCAGGAGAUCUGGGUGAGACGCAAGCAGCGAAUCGGUUGA